GAUUCUUGUGGUCUACGUUGACCUGGAAUGGGCAGAUUCAAUUCAUUAUACAGUCUUCAACCUCCAUUUGUCCUGCAUUUAACUACCAUCAGUACGUUUACAUUAAAGUUCUGAUCUUGGAAUAAUCCGUUUGGGAGAUCACAGAAACUGCGAAACAUGAAUUGGAAUAUACUUCACUACCUGUCGAUUUUGUACUUCGCCCUCCCAGAUUCUGAGUAUGUAGAUUUUCCUUACAGGCUCUGUGAUGUACCCGGCAGCUUUCCAGAAAACACCCGCCUCCACUCCAACAUCGAUACUUCAUUUCUCGCGUUAUCCUCAAAUGCUUCAUACCAUAACUUCUACAAUACUUCAAUUGGAAACGGUUCUGAUACCGUUUAUAGUAUGUCUCUCUGCUACACCUAUACUACACCGGAAAGUUGUAAGCUUUGCAUAGAAAGUGCGGCAAAAGAUGUCCAAGGAGACGAUUGUUCUUACAAGAAGGAAGCAAUUGUUUGGGAGGAAGAUUGCCAGUUGCGAUAUUCGACACAGAUGUUCUUGGGCAGCUUGAAUUCUUCUGGGAAUUUCGCUUUGAACAACAAACAGAACAACUCUAAUCCGGAGCUGUUCAGGUCCACUGUGAAUCAGACUUUGAAUAAUCUCACCAAGAUGGCAGCUUUCAACCGCUCAACUAUGUCUGCAACUGGCACGGCACCGUUUGUGGGUGGGGAUACCAUAUAUGCUCUUGUUCAGUGCACCCUGGAUUUAUCUCACCAUGAUUGCCAGAAAUGCCUGGAGAUAGCCACAGCAGAAAUCUUGGAAAGUUUUUACUUUUCUCGAGGGGCUCGGCUUCUUAGUCGUAGCUGCUACUUGCGGUAUGAGCUCUAUGCGUUUUAUAAUGGUGACAAAGAAGGAACAAACCACAACUCAAAAUCAGGAUUAAGUAAAAAGUGGACAAUUACAGUGGUUGUAGCUGCUGUGACACUUCUUAUAGCAGCAAUGGGGUUCACUGCCUAUUAUCUUUCUCAUUGCUAUAGAAGAGGGAAUUCUAAAACAGAGUUAGUUCAGAGGAGUUACCCUGAUGAUGAGAUGAGUCUGCUGAAGCAAAAAUUCCCAGGAAUAAACAAUCAAGAACUUCCACAUAUUGACAUUAGAACAAUAAUAGAAGCCACAGACAAUUUCUCUGACCUUAAUAAGCUUGGGGAAGGUGGAUUUGGCCCGGUUUAUAAGGGAAAACUUCCAGAUGGAAAGGAAAUAGCAGUUAAAAGGCUUUUAACUAGUUCUGAACAGGGUUCAGAAGAGUUUAUAAAUGAAGUUGAGCUGAUCUUAAAGCUUCAGCACAAAAAUUUAGUUACCCUCUUGGGUUUUUGCAUUUAUGAGGAUGAAAGGCUGCUAAUGUAUGAAUACAUGCCCAAUGGUAGCUUAGAUGUAUUUUUCUCAGAUGAAAGUAAACUUGCACAGCUCAAUUGGAGCCAACGUCUGAGCAUUAUCAAUGGCAUUGCGCGGGGAAUGCUGUACCUUCAUGUGGAUUCGAGGCUUAGAAUCAUCCACAGGGAUUUGAAACUCAGCAAUGUGUUACUAGAUGCAGAUAUGACUCCAAAAAUUUCAGACUUUGGGAUGGCGAGGAUCUUCGCAGGAAAUGAUGGCCGAACUAACACUUCUGUGAUUGUUGGAACGUUUGGGUACAUGGCUCCAGAGUUUGCCAUGGAAGGCCUGUAUUCCAUAAAAUCUGACAUCUUUAGCUUUGGAGUCGUGUUGAUUGAGAUCAUUACUGCGAAAAAGAAUUCCGCUUUCCAUCUCACCAGAACUGCUCCAAGUCUAAUAGCACAUGCAUGGAAUAUGUGGAAUGAAGGUAGAGGCCUGGAGCUGGUGGAUCCAUUGCUGGAAGGUUCAUUGUGUGGUGAUGAAUUCCUGAGGUGUCUGCAAAUUGGACUGUUAUGUGUUCAAGAAGAUCCACAUGACAGGCCUAACAUGGCAUCUGUAGUUUUUAUGCUGAGAGGUGAAUCUCAUGCUCUUUCCCACCCUAAAAGACCAGCUUUCUGUGUUGGGAGAUUCACAGAUCACUAUGAAAGUCUUUUCACUGAUGUAUCUGUAAAUGGUCUCACUGUUUCAGCAGUAUUACCCAGAUAGUAAAAUCACAGCUAAAAAUCUUUUAACUACACUGAUCUACUUGUGUAAAUCUCUGACUAGCUUCAAUGAAGAUGAUCUGUGUAGCCUUUUCCAUGUGAAAUGUGUAGAUUCUUGGAA